AUCUUGUAAGGCAGUAAAUACAGUAUGUAUUGUACAUCAAUUAAAUGGGUGUUUUUAAAAAUAUAUUCUCGUGGUCAGAGUUUUAAGUAUGAGUUCUGCCCCACUUGUCAGUAGCUUGUUUAUGUUACCUUGAGUCAUUUCCAGCUUUGUUUUCUAAAACCGUCAAAUUCAGUUAAUUUUCAGAUGAAACUCAGUGCUUAAGAAUACAAUCGAGUAUGUUAGCAUUUCAAAAGACUACUUACCCUUCUUUUCUCCCAUUUCUCCUACCACAAUCUGUCCACAUACUCUAGCCUUUUUGUGGAGCAAUGUGUUAAAAUAUGUGCAUGCUCUGUUUCCGUGUUUCAGCUAAAAAGCAGCAUGUUCUUAAAGUGUGCUGACUUAAGGGCCUAACUGGUAUUUAGCAUAAGGUUACACAAUUACAAGCACUUCUGAAAAAGCUGUUCUUAAUAUGUGUGUACAUCAGCUUCCUGAUGUGUUUUGUGAAUGAAGAUGCCUUUCAAAGGGUAUGGGGAUACCGCUGAAAGAAAAGCAGUGUUAGCCCUUAAAAGGCAUCAUGAAAUGCUGUAAACAGCUACCUAAUGAAGUAAUGUAAAAGUAAUAGUGAUUAUGGUUAUACUAGUGGUAUUAGAAAUUACAAAUGAGAAUACAGAGACAUAAUCAAACCCCUGGUCCCAUUGCAAUCAGUAAUACAAGUCCCAUUGAUUUCAGUGGAAGCAGAACAAAUUUGGCUUGUCAAUUAUAGACUCCUAAUGGAAAUACAAGAAGGGCUAGGCUGUGAAGUGUCAGAAUGGCCCUCAAUUUUAUUUCUUUCUCAUAGGGGUAGGAUCUUAAUUAAAAGAACCUAGGAUGUAAGUCUGGUUUUACGCUGACAUUGAAUAAAUGGGCUUUAUUUUUUCUUUAUAAACUGUGCACACUUCAGUUACUCUAUAUUCCCAAUCCUUUGCAUACUUUUUUCUUGUGGUGUUUGCAGAGUGCAUGUGAAUGUUACAUCAAAUAAGGAGGAUGGUUUUUGAUUUUAACUCCCCCCUUACCAUCCCUGUACAGCUCAAGACUAAAGGAAAGAGGAACAUACUAAAAUGUCACCUGAAGUUGCCUUGAACAGAAUUUCUCCAGCACUCUCGCCCUUCAUUUCCAGCGUGGUCAGAAAUGGAAAAGUAGGACUGGAUGCUACUAACUGUUUACGGAUUACAGACUUGAAAUCCGGCUGUACAUCCUUGACCCCUGGACCUAGCUGUGAUCGGUUUAAGCUACAUAUUCCUUAUGCUGGAGAAACACUCAAAUGGGAUAUAAUUUUCAAUGCUCACUAUCCUGACCUACCACCAGAUUUUAUCUUUGGAGAGGAUGCUGAAUUUUUGCCAGAUCCUUCUGCCUUGCAUAAUUUAGCUUCUUGGAAUCCUUCAAACCCUGAAUGCCUCCUGCUUGUUGUGAAAGAGCUUGUGCAGCAGUAUCACCAAUUUCAGUGCAGCCGAUUACGUGAGAGCUCUCGUCUCAUGUUUGAAUAUCAGACUUUACUUGAAGAGCCCCAGUAUGGAGAAAACAUGGAAAUCUAUGCUGGCAAAAAGAACAACUGGACUGGAGAAUUCUCAGCUCGCUUCCUCUUGAAGUUGCCUGUAGAUUUCAGCAACAUUCCUACAUACCUUCUCAAGGAUGUGAAUGAAGAUCCUGGAGAAGAUGUUGCACUUCUCUCCGUUAGUUUUGAGGAUGCAGAAGCUACUCAGGUUUUUCCUAAGCUGUACCUCUCCCCACGUAUUGAACAUGCACUUGGAGGAUCAUCUGCCCUUCACAUCCCAGCCUUUCCUGGUGGAGGUUGUCUCAUCGACUAUGUACCCCAAGUAUGCCAGCUGCUAACAAACAAGGUGCAAUAUGUUAUUCAGGGAUACCAUAAGAGAAGAGAGUAUAUCGCAGCUUUCCUGAGUCACUUUGGAACUGGUGUGGUGGAAUACGAUGCAGAAGGCUUCACAAAGCUUACUCUGUUGCUGAUGUGGAAAGAUUUUUGCUUCCUUGUUCACAUUGACCUACCCCUGUACUUUCCUCGAGACCAACCAACUUUAACAUUUCAGUCCGUCUACCACUUCACUAACAGUGGCCAGCUGUACUCCCAGGCCCAGAAGAAUUACCCUUACAGCCCCCGCUGGGAUGGCAAUGAAAUGGCCAAGAGAGCAAAGGCAUAUUUCAAAACGUUUGUCCCUCAGUUCCAGGAGGCAGCAUUUGCUAAUGGGAAGCUUUAGGCAGCCUCAGGCACAGAGAUGAUACUGGACAGAUCCUUCAGUCUGCACAUGUCAGCCCACAAGAAGAAAGCCUGGAAAUGGGUUGGAUUCUCUUGAUAGGUGCUUUCUUGCCUCUGAAAUGGUUUUGGUAGCUUCAGGUUUUGUCAGAUUUCUAAAACAAAGACCUCACUAGCAUGCUUAAAACUGAAUAUUUGAUAUUCAUCCUGAUAUUCAUUUUGUAUAUCUACUGGAUUAAAUUUAAAAGGGCGUGUUUUGAUGUGAUAGUAUUUUUUGUGCCAACAAUGUCCUUUAUAUUAUGCCUUGUUUCCUUGCCUUCAGAUGGUGUCAAUUGGAUUUUUUUUUCCACAGAAAUAUGAUGUCAUUUGUAUAUUUAGUUAACAUUUCCAGCUUAUCCUAAGAAAAUACAAAACUGCCGUAUGUACCAGGAAUGCCUAAUGGACUGUACAGUGCCAUAUUCUACCUUGGAGGUUUGCGUCUCAUUGUGGUUGUUAUUCUCACAGGUAUGGAUAUGAGUUGCACAGUUCAAAUCUCAGUGCCUUUCAAGUUGGUCUGAUAUUAAUAUGGCAGGGUGUUGGCAAUUUUUUUUUAAUAUUUCAAUUGAAAGCUCAUCUUAUAUGAAAUGCUGUGCUUUUAUGCUUUGUUUUUAUUUCUAGUUGUACAAUUUUGGUGUUUUUCUGAAGAACUCCCCUUUCCAUUAUGAUGAAAUUCUACUUCUUUAGUACCAAUGCACAAGAAACUAAUUGUAUGCAUCAGUAUAACAAAAUAAAGCUCUUUCAUAGACCUGUAAUUUUUCCAAGUAAGAUAAAUACUUCUAAGAAGCAAACUUUCAACAAAGGAAUUAAUAAUGUCUUGGAAAAUACCUGAUGAAAUAGUGUAUGGCUAUAGGUAUUUACCUUAAUGCUUAAGUUCAACAUGUCUUCUCAGAAAUAAUUUUAAGUAUAUAUAACUGGAAGCAUUACCUCCCCUAGUUCUGAAAUGCCAAAUGCAAAAUCCCACCUAUUCAUCCUUUCUUUCACGCUUGUGUCAGGCGCACCAGUUGGGGCUAACUGUCACGAUGUCACUUCCCAAAUUAAUUUGUAAAUAGACCAGGGUACUUUCCAGUAAGGAAUAAAAUUAACAGUGUAUGUUCCUUAUAAAUGGCAUAUGGAAAAUGUGCCCUACUUCUGCUAAAUAUAAGGAACCAAAUGAAUAGUAUGCAGAUGAUACAGUGGCACUGAAAAACAUUUAAUUUUAAAUUAUUCACCAUAGCACAACUAUCUGCUUAUGCAAUGAAAUCUCAUCAAAUUACUUGAUUGGCAGUAUUCUCCUAUCCUUUCUAAAACUUGUUAUUUUGCAUUUAAAAUAGUGCUUUCCAGGGGAAUGUCCACCUAGAAAGUGUAGAUGGGUUUUGAGCAGUGAAGCUUAAUAAUUAAGAAUUAUGCAAAUAAUUUGCCUCUAGAAACUACAGGUAUUUUUAGCUAGUUUAUAGGCAAAAUUUUAGUUUAUGUUUAAUAUUGAAGUUCUUGGCUGGAAAUUAAGCUGCAAACAAAAUCAGAAGCCUUACUGCAAAUCUAUGGAGGAGGGGGCAUUUUCUGUCCUGUGACCUACCCCCUUGUGACUCUCUCUGCAUUAUCUGAGGGCUGUAAAUGGCUCCAAAGGUCUGAGCCUGAAUUCCCUCUGUGGAGGCAUUGCAUUAGGCUUUUGCAUGCAAAUCAAGACUUACAGCAGAUGUGGAGAAUAAUGGUUUUAUGUGAACAGCAAAACCAUAACUGAACAACCUUAAAUGACUCAAAACACAUUAUUCAGUAUACCAGGAUGAUCUCACAUCGGCAUUUCUUUGGAUAAGCUAACUCUGGUGAACGGGGUGGGAGAAGGAGGAGGGCUAACGGAAGACAUUUGUUCUCAUAGUGAUCAAAUCUGAUAGAAAUCAUCUCUGGCAUCUUCAAAAGGUAAAAACCAAACUCAUUUGCAUCAGCAGAUUCCUGGAAUCUUGUGUUUUAUACCCUUGUGUUUGCUUCAGUGUUGUAGUGAUUGCCUCGUGAACAUGGUGGUUGCUUUGUAUACCUGAUUGUCCAAGUGGCACCAAUAUUUUUUUUAUCUUUUCAGAGGUUACCAUGAUCCAAAGGCUAGCAAUUGCAAAAUGUUUCAAAAAGAUGUCCACUCUUAAGAAUUAAUAUAGAUUUUCAACCAGAAAUGCAUCCUUCACAGCAGUCCUUUUGUAAUUUUGGACAAAGGACUGCUUUAUUAUUAAAGGUCUAAGAGUUUUAGAAGCCAUGUAAGCAAAGACUUUGAGGAUCUAACCUUAUGUUGAAUUCAGUAGUUUCAUCAACUUCUCACUUGCAUAUAUGGAAAUGAAACAAUGGUUUCAGUCUAAUUUUGCAUCAUGGUACAACCGGUAGUAUUUGGGGAGAAAAAAAAUGUUGAAAAGUUUAGAAACUGAACUGUUUGUGUUUAAGUCUGCAAGCCUAUCAAUUUUUAGAAGAAAAGGAAUUUUUCUUACACUCACUGAACAUUUUCUUUAUUUCAAAGCCACCUUGCCCUCAUUGACCUGCACAGCAUUUUAUGAAGUCCUUCCUGAUAGUUUUCAGAAGAAUGUACUGGGGGUGUUAGCACUACAAAUGGGGUAUUGGGAGGGAAAACAUGGAAAUGAAUAAACUCUUCUCUCCAGAAGGAUUACCAUACAAAACUACAUCAGAAAAGAGAGUUAGUUUGAAUAAUAUAACAUCGAAUCAAGUAUUUGUUGAAGGCAUUUAGGUUGGUCACAGAAGUUGUAAGCUAAUAAGUUUAAGUUAUUUCUGUUAUCUCCUGUUUCAUGAUAGUAGUAUCCAUUGUGGCCAGCUUAAUGGCAAUUAAGCUUUCUUUCCUGUUAUGUGAUAUAUGCAAUUGAAAGGAGCAAUCAGACCUAGACUAGUUUCUUUGGUUGAUGAGAACCACAAAACAUAAGAAAAAAAUAGCAAUGUUACAAACAUAUUGAAAAGCCUAAAUUCUACUCUUGUCAUAAUUUUGAAUGAAAGAAUGCAGUAAGUCUCAAAUUAUUAAGUCCCAUUAAGACCUUUUCCAAAGGUCCUUAAAGUACAAACUUACAGUCAAGCCUUUAUUCAUCUGCAUAUGUAAUCCACUGUGCUAGAAGUAAUAGAAAAACUUUCAGAAUCAAAGUUCGACUUUUUGUGAACUUGCUGGAAAGACUGGACAAACAGUUGAAAGAAUAAAUAAAAGUUAACUAUAUCUUACAUAGUUUGGCAUUCAUUGAUCUUUCUGUUGUGCUGGUCAUCACUUCAUUGAUCACAUUUUGUUUGGUGAAUCAGCAGCGUUUUCAGUAUCAGCCGUGUCCUUGAACAUACUCCCAUUCAUAUAUGAAGUAGACUUGAUUCAGUUUUUGAGAGAAAAUCAUUGCUAGAAUUAGCACAGAUCUCCUACGCAUCGUUAGAUCCUCACUAGGUAUGUUUCUCUGUGUGUUUCCUUUCUCUCAUCCUGUCUGGCACUUGCAGCAAUAAGCAUCUUUGGUGAAUCAGUUGGGAGACGAGAUUAAGCAAUGAAGUACAGUACCUUAAGUCUAACUUCAGGUGGUUUUACACAGAGACUAGGAAAGAGGGGAAUAAGUCUGGGUAGUCUCCAUCAGGCAGUGCCCCCUAAUACAAGGCCGGGGGUUUAGCAGAGGUGAAAAACCUUUUAAGUAGUGAGUAGGGACUGCUGCUUAGACAUCAUUCUGUGUCAGUACCCUUAAUGACCAGAGAAGCAGCAGGCAGUAGAAACCCAUAGUAGAACAUGAGGGUCACCUCUGCAGGUCUGAAAGACAUUCCUAAUACCAUGUCUGUGCAGCAGCGAUACAUGAGGCGUAAGUCCUCUGUCAGCAGGGGAGGGGAGUUCCUCACCUUUCCAGCCUUGUGAGAAGGGCAUACUGCAAGGAGGUUACAAUCUUUGGACACAGCUUCUGACCACGACUGUUAAUUACAGGGUGCUGUCCCUGCCCUGUGAAGCAAAUCAAGUCUGUGACCAAACUGACUGCCAGUGAACACUCUUCUAAAUUAUUUAUGUCUCUGUAAUUGAUGUAUUGUAACGCUCAUUAAACCUAAAGGUUACACUUACUUCUUAAAUGUUACUGAAAAUCCCUUAAGUCAUCUUCUGUUCAGUUUUUGUUUUCAGGUGUCUGUAAUGUUCUGGGACAAUUUUGUUUCAUCCUUAUUAGUUACUGCUAUUUUUAGCAAGCUUGAGGUUUAUGUUUUAACAAAGCAGCAAGGUAUAUUUUGGCAUCUUAUGAGCCUGCAUU